CUAUUCAGUGCAGGCAUGAAGGGUGGUACUUUCACCUAUGUUCUUUGUGUUGUGAUAUGGUGGGUGUGCGUGGUGUCAGGGAUGUAUGAUGAUGGCUGCCCCCUGCGAGCCGAGUGUGUCCCCAAGCACCAUUGUAAACACGGGACUGUGCGGCUUUGGUGGUUUUGAAGUACGGAUUUGUCUUUAAAUGUGAUGCGUCUCCAGCUGUGCGGCCGAGGGACCCGAGUGUUUGCGGGGCGGGGCAUCGCGGCCACCUCGUGUGCUGCCUGCAGGUCCGCGGAGGAAGAUACGAUAAGAGUCCGUAUGGCAUGGAUUACUACGACGACCGUUAUGGCAAGUUGUAUGCAAGUCCUUUGUCAAAGUUUGCUAAGGAGGUGUUACAGAAGUACAGGCACAAAGAUGAGUGUGGAGUAAGAUACCAUUCACCAAAGGACAUGGCACGAGUGUCCACAGGAUACAUCGGCGAUAAAGGGUUUACUAGCUUUGGAGAAUACCCGUGGCACGUGGCGCUGCUCGUCCGAGAAAGGCACCACCGUUUGCCGUUCGUGCGACAGCUGACCACAUACAGGUACCACUGUGGUGCUACUCUGAUACACCCCGUGCUGCUGCUGACUGCUGCUCACUGUGUCAAGGGUAUCAAAAGGAAUAGGCUGAAGGCUCACCUUGGUGAGUGGAACCUGUACAGCACAUCCGGCGAACUCUUUCCUGCCGUGGAGAGGCGAAUAAGCAAGGUUUUCAUUCACAGUGGGUACAACCCGGCAACGUUCUUGAACGAUAUCGCCCUCCUUCAGAUGAACAGGCCAGUUGACACCACAAAAACGCCUCACAUCGCCCCAGCGUGUCUUCCCAAGGACUCGUACAAGUUCAAGGAUGACCAAAAAUGCUUCAUUGUCGGAUGGGGGGAUGAUGCUUACAAGCCUAUUCUUGGAAGUAAUAUACUUAAAGCCACCUCGGUGACUUAUUCUUCCGAAGAAGAGGAGUGCGCAGACAAGUUGUACGCCUCCAUCCCUCACAUUAGUGAUGAAUACACCCUGGACCCAGACAGUCAGAAGUGCAUUGUCGGGGGUUAUGGCCGCGAUGCUUGUACGGGCGACGGUGGAGGUGCGGUGGUGUGCCCCUUGGACAACAAUGAGGCCCCUGACGCAUGCCACGAACACGACUGUGAAGAUGAACACUACUUCGUGGCCGGCAUAUUGUCUUUCGGCUCUCCUGUGUGCGGGGAAGACUCGGUUACUAUAGUUACCGAUAUAGUCAAGAAGAUUAACUGGAUUCAUACAAUAAUCAGUCCCGCAGGUGGCCUAAAAAACUAUAACUACCAGUUUUAUGACAAGGGCCCACAUUACAAAAAGAGGACCGCGACGGAUCAGCAAUCGGCUAAUAACACCACCACCACUACUACCACCACAUCCUGAGUCCUCGUGUCUGCAUCUGUAGAACGUAGUGGAGUAUAAGAAUGCAUCAUGCAGUGUAGUAUUUACUACCGUACCGGUUAAUAGGUCUUUGUGGUACGCCACAGACGGAAAAUGUAUCAUUGCAGUCACUGCGAAGAUACAUGGACGGGAAUUACAAGUUCCAUCAUUAUUGGUAACAUGAAGGAGAGGUGAAUAAAUUCUACAUAACUAGGACAAAUUAAAUUGUAAUGGUUACUUGUGUACCCGAGUUCCAAGUUUGAAGAUCUGAAUUCUGAGUUAAAGUUCUAUUUAUGAGUUUAUCGUUGGUCUACCAGAAGGUUCAGUGGAAGAGUUUUGCCUCAAGAUUAAAAAUGCAAAGGAUACAGGAAUUUCCGUACCAAUAUUAUCGUCUUGUAAAUUGUUAUUUUAUUUUUUGAUCUUGUCUGGUUUAUCAAUAUAUAUUGAUGUGAUGCUA